CUCAUCCCAUACCAAACAGCCCCUGAUGCAAUGGGACUUUUCCAUAUCUACUCUGCAUGUCCCACCCUGAUACCAAAGGGAGAUGCAGGUCUCGAUGUAGUCGUCGAUGCUCCUACCCUGGAUCAUGAUCCUAAUAUUAGGAGUUCUCAGAUCACUACUGGGCUUCCUUCUUCAGAGAUUGGGCCUGAUAAUGUUUUCUCUCCUUUCAGUAGCCCAACAGCGGGGCUCCUCAUGUGCUGGCAGUACUCUGGAGUUAAUUCCAAGUUGAAUGCUGAGAUGAAGCACCUC